AUGGCUAAUAAGUCUACCAAAGGUAAUGAAAUACAGAUUUUAAAGGCGAGAGAAGCGGAAUUUAAUAUAUUAUUUGAGAAAGUACUUGAAAGAGCAGCAAACAAUGAAGACACAAUUUCAGUUUCUGAUAUUCCCGAUACUUUUGACUCGAACUAUACCCGAAGAAAAAAUAGAAAAGUUCCGAGUUUGAAAGGAGAUGUAUUGUCUUAUGCCAUAGAAAAUAUAUUACUCAGCGAUUUAAAAAUGUAUUUAAUUGAAAGGUCUAUAUCAAAAUUAUUACAAAAUAAUCAACUAACUUAUUGGCAUAAGAAGACUAAGACUGAAAUUAGUAAAUUAAUGAAAUAUUUAACUAAAAAUCAAAUAAGAGAGUACAUAUAUAAUUGUUAUAACAACUAUGAUAUUACAUAUAUUAGUAUUUUUAUUAAUAAGCACAGUACUUUAAAACAGUUGUUUACUAAAAGGGAACUAUUCAGAAAUAAUAAUGCAAUGGAAUUUUUUACAAUUAAUAAUGAAAUUCAUAAAGAAUGGGCUAGAAUGAGUAAAAUAGUUGCUCCUCAAUAUUUAUUAUACUAUUCUUGUGAAGUUUUAAAAAUGAAAACGGGAAGACAAAACUGA